AUGGCUCCUUCGCAGCGCUUUCCCACGCUCUUGCAGCUGGAGCAGCGCGAGGGGGCUCUCUUCAAAGUGCACGGCAACCUCUCCGAGAAGCCCUACUGGUUUCUCCUGGACUACUUGAAGAAUCCCAAGACAGUUCACCUGGAGGGGUGGCUGGUGGAGGCGAUCUUCGGCCGGGGUGGAAAGCACAUCCCUCACGUCGAGUGUACGUCCCAGACCCUCUUGCACGUGAGCCGGUGGGAUCCCGCGGGCGAGGCCGAAAUCCUGAUAUUCGGCCGUCCUUACUACCAGCUGGACGUGUCCAAGAUGAUCGGGAACUUGGCUGACUAUCACCGCCAACUCCGGACUCAGAGGUCCCACAAGACGCCUGCCCAAGAGACCCGGACCCAGCGUCCCCGCGACGCACUCCCGGACCCGAAGGCCGGGACCCAGCGCUCCCCCGACGGGCUCCGCGAAGCGGCGACCCAGUGGUCCCCCGACGCGCUCCGGGAGGCUGGGACCCGGCGCUCCCCGGAUGCGCUCCGCGAAGCGGCGACCCAGUGCUCCCCCGACGCGCUCCGGGAAGCCGGGACCCAGUGCUCCCCCGACCGGCUCCUGGAGGCGGCGACUCAGAGCUCCCCCGACGUGCUCCGGGAGGCGGCGACCCCGCGCUCCCCCGGCGCGCACCGGGAGGCCGGGAACCCGCGCUCGCCCCGCGCGCACCGAGAGGCCGGGAUCCCUCGCUCCCCCGACGCCUCCUCCCUGAAUCGGGUUAUCAGAUUCUAA